AUGAAUAAAUUUAUCUCAUCAUCAUCAUCAACAUCGUCAUCAUCCACAUCAUCAUCAUUGCUAAAUAAUGCGCUUAAUUCAUAUCUAAAUCAACGACCAUCACGGCCACCAUCAUCAUCAUCCAUUAGUAUACAUUCAAUUCCAUCCAUAAUAACGAAUAAUAAUAAUAAUAAUAACGUAAAUUUAAAUCCACUAAAUCAUCAUCAAGGAGCAAUUGAUUGUUCUAAUCGUUUGAAUCUGGUUUCAAUUGAUGAACAUCAACGUUUACAAUUGACCAAUACAUCAUCAACAACGAAUGUCACUACGAUAUCAUCAUCAUCCAUAAAGAAUGAACAUAAUGCUCAUCACCAUCAUCAGCAACAACAACAACAACGAUCAUCCGUUAUACAUCAGACAUCAAAUGGUGGACAUCAUCAUUGUAUAUCGCAAUCAUUAUCUUUGAAUAAUAAUAAUAAUAUUGUAUCCAAUGAUGGUCAACAACAAUCGAAUGGAAAUGAACAACAAAGUAAUAAUAAUAAUAAUUCAUUAGAAGCAUUAGCAACAGCCGCUUCAAGUCUUUAUCCUGGUACGCCGAUUAAUGUUGCAUUAGCUGCUGCUGCUGCUGCUGCUGCCGCUGCUGCUGCCGCCGCCGCCGCCGCUUCAUCAACAUCAGAAUCAGCCAGUAAUAAUAAUAAUAAUCAAAAAUCAAAUUCAAAAACGAUAACGAAAUCAACGAUAUCUUCACCACCACCACCACCACCAUCAAUAUCACCAUUACCAUCACCACUAAUACAAUCGAAUAUAACAAAUACGAUACCAUCUCCAACACCAUCAUCAACAUCGUCAUCACAAUCGGAUACAAAUAAUCUUCCACCUGUACAUAUAACUGCACAAAGACUAGGCAUUCCAUUAAAUUUAAUUUCCACAUUAGAAUUUGUAAAUGGUGGCCAUGGUAUAAAGAAUCCAUUUUUAUCAUCUAAUGAACAUCAAUUUGGAUUCGAAAAUAGUAAUAAUAAAUCCACAUCAUCAUCAUCAUCAUCGUUUAAUCAAUCAUCCGAUGAUCCAUUAAAAUGUUCAAUAUGUGGUAAACGUUUUACAUUGGCACGUCUACUUAAUCGUCAUCUAAAAUGUCAUUCAGAUAUAAAACGUUAUCUUUGUACAUUCUGUGGUAAAGGAUUUAAUGAUACAUUCGAUUUGAAACGACAUACACGUACUCAUACAGGUGUUAGGCCAUAUCGUUGUAAUCUAUGUGACAAAUCAUUUACACAACGUUGUUCAUUAGAAUCACAUACAUUAAAAGUACAUGGUAUUGCACAUGAAUAUGGUUAUAAAGAACGUCGUAAUAAGAUGUAUGUCUGUGAAGAAUGUGGUUGUACAACUAGCCAACCAGAAGAACAUUAUAUGCAUCUAAAAUGUCAUCAUCCAUAUAGUCCGGCAUUAUCAAAAUUUUAUGAUCGUCGUCAUUUUAAAUUCAAUAAUAAUGAAUUUCCAUUUAGCGGUAAAGAAGAUGGUGGUGGUGGUGGUGGUGGUCAUCAUCGACAUCGACAAACGGCAUCACGUUCUUGAUUGAUUAACUAAUUGAUUGAUGAUCACUAUUGAAAUAUUGGUAAUAGAGAAUUCAAGAAGAAAAUCUUAAUCAAACAAACAAAACGAAAAAAAAAUUUUCAUCAUCAUCAUCAUCACACAAUCUUUGGAUCUCUUUAGAGCCAUAAAUAUAACCAAAAUAAUAACCAUUGGACCUCUUUCUAUUGUUUGAUCAUAAAGCCAUCGAUUCCAUCCACACAAUCACCUCGAUCAUCAUCAUCAUCAUUAUUCGUUACUUGAAUUUUUUUUUCUGUUCUCUUCCAACUAACUAAUUAACUAACUGACCAACUCUAUCCACGAUAUAAACUAACAUUUUUUUUUUUGGUCUCAU